CUCGGGUGCACUACGCCCGCAUCGAAAGAUCCUUGAGCUAUGUCUCUGGCACCUGCUUUCAUUGCUGAAGGCGCCAAACCUUCGCAUGGUCGAGAUCUAAGUACAGCUGAUGUGCGGCCGCGCCAUAGACUUUGACGCCAGGAUUCCCAUCCACUUUCGCUCUUUCAGCCUCGUUAUUUUGCCGGCGCGAACCUCUUUAGCGCCUAUAUAUUCACGUAUCAUACACUAUCCACUUCAGACGCCACCCAGCCCUCUCCUCUGUUGGCCAUGAAGUUCCUCGCCCUCUCCGUUGCAACGAUCGCUCUCUCCGCCAUCGGAGUCAUCGCCGCGCCCGCCGCCGACAACGCGCAGUACUUCACCCUUACCACGGAGACGGAUUACGGCUGCGUAUACUACGCUUCGGGCACGAACACGGAGACGGCGACGGCACCGGGCGUGACGAGCACGAUUCACGAUGACAGCACGAAGACGGUGGACGUGACGACAUACGUCUAUCCGCCGCAGCAAACUCGUAGGGCCGAGAAGCCGCAGCGCGAGGAGACAACGAUUGGCGUCACCGUGGUCUGCGCGACGACGCAAACCGUAGACCCGGUCGUAACCACUACCGACACGAACGUCGUGACCACCACGACCGCGUACGCGAGCACGACGACGGAGAUCGUGGAGACGUACACGCUGUGCAUCGAGGGGCACUACUGUUCUUGA